GGAGCCGCGUCCCGCCGCGAUGCUGUGCCGCCUGGCUACCUCGGGCAGGAGCAGCACAAAGUUCAUCGUGCCGUUGGCAUGCUCGGCCUCCAGGCAAAAGCACACUCUUCCAGACUUACCUUAUGACUAUGGUGCCCUGGUACCCCAUAUUAGUGCAGAAAUCAUGCAGCUGCACCACAGCAAACAUCAUGCUACCUAUGUGAAUAAUCUGAAUGUUGCAGAGGAGAAAUACAAAGAGGCACUGGCAAAAGGUGAUGUUACAACUCAAGUAUCUCUUCAGCCUGCGCUAAGGUUCAAUGGUGGGGGUCAUAUCAAUCACACCAUCUUCUGGACAAAUCUUUCUCCCAGUGGGGGAGGAGAGCCUCAAGGGGAAUUGUUGGAAGCCAUCAAGCGGGACUUUGGUUCCUUUGCAAGCUUCAAGGAGAAGCUCACAGCAGUAUCAGUCGGCGUUCAAGGCUCAGGGUGGGGAUGGCUCGGCUUCAACAAGGAACAAGGACGCCUGCAAAUUGCUGCCUGUGCAAAUCAGGAUCCUCUACAAGGAACAACAGGUUUGGUUCCUCUGUUAGGAAUUGAUGUGUGGGAACACGCCUACUAUCUGCAGUAUAAAAAUGUUCGGCCUGACUAUCUAAAAGCCAUCUGGAAUGUGAUCAACUGGGAGAAUGUGUCUUCGAGAUAUGCAGCCUGCAGAAAGUAAAGCAGAGUUCUGCACAGACUCUUUACAGCACCAGUUCUAUUCUGAAAUCAUUUUUGUAAUAAUGUGUCUACUGGCUUUCUAAUGAGUUGCUCCACUGCAGAAAAUACUUUAAUGCAUCUAAUGAAAGUACUUGCACUCAACCCAAAUGUCUGCUCAUUUAGUUCUGUGAGAGGUACUUAAUAAUAAAUCUAAACCCUUGUGUAACAGAAUGAAUAGAAUUCUUUAAAACUACAUGGUUCUGCUGAAAUUUCCCUUAUUUAGUGAUAGGAUAUAAACGUUUGAAGCUGUCUAGCUUAGUUUUUCCAUCUAUAGUGCAAAUGUCACCUACUUUAUUUACCUCACAGUGGCAGUGUGAGGAAUAGUUGUCAACAAACACCAUAAAAGUGUUACAUACCUACUAUUGGCUUCUAGGCACUCAACAAUAGCACUUGUGUAAAAAGAUUAGUCUCUGCCUAGUCAUUUUCAGUACUUACAGAAAUUAUCAGAUCUUUCCACUUGAUGAUAACUCAGGCCAGCAGCCAUCAACACAGGACCUACAAAACUAUUUAGGAAAAUCUAAUUUAGAAAUGUAUCGAGAGCAGUUAGUGACUUCCAAAGGGAAGAAUAACUCUUGGAACAGUUGAAAGCUUGAACUGCAGUGCCAGCAACUUUUUUUUUUUUUUUUGCUUUAGUAAGCAACAGUAGCAAACAUUAAAGAAACUUAGUGCGUAAAAUGAGUAGCAAUGGAAUCUUUGAUUAACUUAUGAUGACCGAGUUCUUUAUGCCGUCCAGGCUCGAAUGUAGUCACAUGUUUGUUCUUACCUGUUAGUCAGGGGAGAGAAGUAUUUUCCUACUGCUGUUCUUUCAUUAGGAAAUAUGACACUGAUAACAAUUUGGUUGUGUGUUUUCUGAUGCUUGCUGAAAUAAUUUUGCCUUCGUGUUUCACUUCAUUAUUUGAGAAGAAACAUGUACUUCACGUUGCUAUAAAUAAAACUUGAAGCAGUAGUGU